AAGUGGCGCCAUCACCAUAGAAGUUUUUUUUUAUUUUUGAGACGUGAUUGCGUGAUAUCAUAGUGGCAACGUGGGAGAGACAAAGCAAGUGGUUCUUUGGAUUUUUUAUAUGUGGCAUGUGGACGUGAUAUACAAAUAAAAUAAUAAGUUACUUAUGUCAGUGCUUUAGUAAUAAUCGCAGGAGUCUCAUUGGAAGGUUUGGUGUAAAGAAGAACAUUAAAGUUCAACAUGAUUUCGUUAAAUAAAGUUACAGUUUUACCUAAGAGGUUCUACGGUUCCAAAGUAAAACUGAAUGAUGUUGUUAUUGUCAGUGCUGCUAGGACUCCAAUGGGAUCCUUCCUUGGAUCUCUUUCAUCUUUGUCUGCAACUAAACUUGGUGCUGUAGCAAUCCAGGCUGCUAUUGAAAGAGCUGGAAUUGCUAAGGAGCAAGUAAAAGAGGUUUACAUGGGUAAUGUCUGCCAAGGAUUUCUGGGACAAGCUCCUGCUAGGCAAUCUACAUUAUUUGCAGGUCUUCCAAAAUCAACUAUCUGUACAACCAUCAACAAGGUAUGUGCAAGUGGUAUGAAGAGUGUCAUGUUAGGUGCGCAAGCUUUACAAUGUGGGCAUCAGGAUAUUGUUCUUGCUGGUGGUAUGGAAUCUAUGUCUAAUGUUCCAUAUUACAUGAAACGUGGUGAGACACCUUAUGGAGGUGUUAAGCUUGAGGAUGGCAUUGUAUUUGAUGGAUUGACUGAUGUGUACCACAAAUUUCACAUGGGUAACUGUGCAGAGAAUACUGCUAAAAAAUUACAAAUUACUCGUGAACUACAAGAUGAAUAUGCAAUCAACAGUUACAAGCGAAGUGCUGCUGCUUAUGAACAGAAUAUGUUCAAAGAUGAAUUAGUGUCUGUAAAUGUUCCUCAAAAAAAGGGCAAACCAGAUAUUAUUUUCAGUGUAGAUGAGGAAUACAAGAGAGUGAAUUUUGAAAAGUUUAACAAACUAUCAACAGUCUUCCAGAAAGAAAAUGGAACUGUAACUGCAGGAAAUGCCUCUACUUUAAAUGAUGGCGCAGCUGCUCUCAUAUUGACUACUACCGACAAUGCUCAAAAAUUGAAUUUGAAACCUUUGGCCAGAAUUGCUGGUUUUCAAGAUUCUGCCACUGAACCAAUUGAUUUUCCAAUUGCUCCAUCUCUAGGUAUUCCAGCUUUGUUGAAAAAUGCUGGAAUCAACAAAAAUGACGUAGCAUUGUGGGAAAUAAAUGAAGCUUUCAGUGUUGUUGUUGUUGCUAAUCAAAAAUUGUUGGAUAUUGAUCCUGCUAAAAUAAAUAUACAUGGUGGAGCUGUAUCGUUAGGACAUCCUAUUGGAAUGUCUGGGGCAAGAAUUAUUGUACACUUAGUACAUGCUUUGAAAGCAGGCGAGAAAGGUGUAGCAUCUAUUUGUAAUGGAGGUGGUGGUGCAUCUUCAAUUUUAAUUGAAAAACUGUAAGUUAGUUUUCAGAUUCAAGUUCUAAUUACGUGUGCAAAUUAAAAUAAUAUUUACAAGAAAUUGAGCAACGUAAUUUUAUAAUGCAUUUUAUUGUGAUAAGACAGUUUCAUACUAAGCUCUUUAUUUUAUACAACUAUUGGAUGUUAUUUUUGUAUUCAUGUUUUAUAUUUUAUAU